GGGCGGGGCGGCGCGGCCGGGCCGGGCAGGAAGAUGGCGAACGUGCAGCUGGAGUUCCAGGCCAGCGCGGGCGAGGCGGACCCGCAGAGCCGCCCGCUGCUCGUGCUGGGGCAGCUGCACAACCUGCACCGCCUGCCCUGGGCGCAGCUGCGGGGGAAGCUGCAGCCGCGGGUCACCGAGGAGAUCUGGCAGUCUGCUCUGGGCACUCUGAAUCCCAACCCCACGGACAGCUGUCCCCUGUACCUGAACUAUGCCACGGUGGCCGCACUGCCAUCCAGGGUCAGCCGGCACAACAGCCCAUCCGCAGCUCAGUUCAUCACCCGCCUGGUCAGGAACUGCCUGCCAGGAGGGGUCAACAGAUGCAUUGUUAUGGUGUGUGAGCGCUCCGAAGUCUUUGCCUCCGCGUGUGCCCUGGCCAGGGCCUUCCCCCUGUUCACACAUCGGUCCAGCGCCUCCAGACGCACAGAGAAGAAAACUGUGACAGUGGAGUUCUUCCUGGUUGGCCAAAAUAACGGACCAAUGGAAGUGGCAACACUUAAAUGUCUGGCCAGUGCCACCGAAGGGGUCCGGCUGGCUGCACGCAUCGUGGACACCCCGUGCAAUGAGAUGAACACUGAUUCCUUCCUGGAGGAAAUCAAAAAAGUUGGCAAGGAUCUUCGGAUUACUCCUACCAUUAUCCGAGAUGAGGAGCUGAAAGAGAGAGGCUUUGGAGGGAUCUAUGGAGUUGGAAAGGCAGCUCUACAUCCUCCAGCCCUGGCAGUUCUCAGUCACACUCCAGAUGGUGCCACACAGACCAUUGCUUGGGUGGGCAAAGGUAUUGUGUAUGACACUGGAGGACUCAGCAUCAAGGGAAAGACUACUAUGCCUGGAAUGAAACGAGACUGUGGUGGAGCAGCUGCUAUUUUGGGUGCCUUCAAAGCCACUGUAAAGCAAGGGUUUAAGGACAAUCUUCACGCUGUUUUUUGUCUGGCUGAGAACGCAGUGGGACCACGUGCAACGAGACCUGAUGACAUUCAUGUUCUUUACUCUGGAAAAACUGUGGAAAUCAAUAACACUGAUGCAGAAGGUCGCCUGAUCCUGGCUGAUGGAGUUGCUUACGCCUGCAAAGACCUUGGAGCUGAUAUCAUUCUGGAUAUGGCCACUCUUACUGGAGCUCAGGGAAUUGCCACAGGAAAAUACCAUGCUGCUGUCCUUACCAAUAAUGAAGAGUGGGAAAAGGCUUGUGUUAAAGCUGGCAGGAACUGUGGAGACUUGGUCCAUCCUCUGGUGUACUGCCCUGAGCUCCACUUCAGUGAAUUUACCUCUGCUGUAGCUGAUAUGAAGAACUCUGUAGCAGACCGGGACAAUACCCCCAGCUCCUGUGCUGGGCUCUUCAUUGCCUCUCACAUCGGCUUCGACUGGCCUGGGGUGUGGGUGCACAUAGACAUCGCUGCUCCCGUGCACGCCGGUGAACGAGCUACUGGCUAUGGCGUGGCUUUGUUGCUGUCCCUGUUUGGAGGGGCCUCUGAAGACCCUUUGCUGAACCUCGUGUCUCCUCUUGGGUGCAAUGGAGACUCUCCCCCUGAGGAGAUGGAGAGGGACUCCAAGAGACGGCGCCUGGUUUGACGCAGCCCCAGCCCUGCCAGGUGUGGGGUUACCUCACUUUGCACUGAUCUGUUCUCAAGCAAUGAAAAUGUCCCACGUCAGAAAUUGCCUUUUUUUUUUUUUUACUAUCAUGAUAAGAUUUAUUACUUGUUUCUGAUAAAAACAGCCUGAUGUAUUGUUUAGUUAGUUUUUUUUUUUUUAAAUUAUUGGUGCACGCAGUUGCUGAACAAUAUCAGUGGUGCAGAGUCCAGGCUCAACUAACUGUAUCAGGAAGAGGCCACGUCCUCCUCUGAGCUCCUCACAAAACCUAACUAAGUGCAUUCAUGCAUGAGAAGCUCUCUCUAGUCUGAAGAAGCAACUGCAGUUAUUGCUUACAAAGCCUUCUGAAUUACUUAUUAUAUGUGAGGUUUUAUCAGACAUUUCUGCAGGCCCCACUACAUCUCAGAACACAGGAUAAGGAAAAAAAGGUCUUUAGACAGACUUGGCUCAUUCAGAGACAACUUGGCUUAGCAGCAAAGGAGAUGUAACGAGAAAAGGCCUAUAGUUUUAAUAAGGUGCUGUUUCCGCAUGUUUUAAUGUUCUUCUGACCAGUAAAAUCAGCAAAAAGGGUUCAGAACAUAUCUCUAUGUAAUUGUUUCACAUACAAAUUACAGAAUGUAUUAAUGUUAAAUGAGGAAAACAAUAGAGGGACUGUGAUUGAGUAAAAUGGGUUUACAAAGCAGAGUGGCUUCUUGCCACUUUAUAAAUUUAUUAUUAUUAAAGAAGCUUACAUAUCCCAUGUGGUGUUUGUGGUGUAAUUUAUAUUUCAGAGAACUCUUGAGCGCUCCAAAACUUUGUGUACAACAUCAUUACUCUGUUCACAUUCCUUUUCCCAGCACUCAGAGCUGAGAGAGGAACAGCUUGCACUGAGUGGUUUGGGGCAGUUCUGCAGAACUUCUGAUUCACUUCAUUUGUUUGAUUCAGCAGCAGUCAGGGAUGCUCAGUGUGGGUUUCUGUACGAGCCACAAGGAACUUCCAGGCAUUGCUUUGGCUGGGACACCCACGGGAAGUGACUGGGCCCAGCUGAUGUCAUGGCAGUGGCAGGGUGGGGAACAGAAAGACCAAGUCCCUGUCCUGGGGCUCCAGCAUCAGCUUUUGGAAACAUUUCCUGGCUCCAGCAGCGUCAGCACCCCCCAGCACCCCCGUGGCUGCUUUGCAGAUCAGGUCAAGCUGAGCUGUGAGGGAUUGUCCCUUUCUCUGUUGAGGGGAUCUCUGGAGAACUGGUGCUGGUUUUAGCUGGAGUUCCAACAACAAGGGACACCAAGAGUCUUUUUGAUUAAAGACUGCAUGGAAAGCUUAAUGCAGAAGGGAGAAAAAAUACUUCAUUCUGGUUGGGUGGCCCUAUUUGACAGACAAAAAGUAACAAAAAAAAACCAACUGCAGAACUUCAUUACUUCCUGUAUUUGUUUCUCCCUUGCUGUUCUGGCUCCCCAGUCCACUUGAGUUUUAAUAAAUCUGUAUCUAAAUGA